AUGUACAGAAAUCCAAUUGGUACAUUGAUUAGAAUUUCGAGGAGCAUCAUGAUUUCUACAUACCAGCCACCAGUCCAUCGAGGCCUUACGAAGUUGGAUCGCUCCCUGUUUGUAACAAAAGUACCGCUGUGUGUGGUUAAAUUUCCAGAUCCAAGAAACAUUAGUCUGUUUUCCAAACAAUUUAAUCAGUGUAUCCUGCGUGUUCCCAGAAUCCCACAUGUCAUAAAACUGCAAGACAAUAGAACUGAUUCGGAUGAACAAAAACCUUUAGCAUACGAUAACAAGGUUAUCACAAAAGGAGUAUUAUUGACGGAUUCAAUUCAGUGUCCUGACCAGGUCAAUGAAAAACUUCCAGAGGAGGCCGUGCAGUUUUUGAAGGAUACAGAAGCUGAGAUUUUGCCUUACAACUACACUUUAGAUUAUAACUACUGGAAGGCGGAAGAUAUUUUACGUAGUGUGUUGCCAGAAGAGUUUCUAGAUGAAACCCCCACUGGGUUUACCAUGACUGGCCACGUUGCUCAUCUAAAUUUACGCAAAGAGUUCAAACCGUACGAUGCCCUUAUUGGCCAGGUUAUCCUUGACAAAAACAAGAAGAUAGAAUGUGUUGUCGAUAAAGUCAGUUCCAUUGCAACCAAGUUCAGGACUUUCCCCAUGAAAGUUAUAGCCGGUCGCACAGACUCGCUUGUGGUGGAACAAAAGGAAUCGGAUUGUAUCUUCAAGUUCGACUUCAGUAAAGUUUACUGGAACUCUCGAUUACAUACAGAACACGAUAGAUUAGUAUCACAGUAUUUCAAGCCCGGCGAGGUAGUGUGUGAUGUGUUUGCCGGUGUCGGCCCAUUCGCUGUUCCAGCGGGUAAGAAAGACGUCAUUGUGCUUGCUAAUGAUUUAAAUCCAGAAAGUUUUAAGUAUCUGGAGGAGAAUAUAAAGCGGAACAAAGUGGAACUUUUUGUCAAACCUUUUAAUCUCGACGGGGCAGUGUUCAUAAAAAAAUGUCCUCAGUUGCUACAGGACCUAAUUGAGUCGCACGAGGGAGGAAAUAUCAUAUUACCAAUCAAGGUCAGUAACCGUCAUAGGAAAAAACAAAAGAAGCAAGAUGAGCAAUCGAAUUUGCCCGAGACGCCAACUACCAGCCCUCAGCCAACGGCGCCAAAGGUAAUCCAGAUACCAAAUGAGAUCAGUCAUUUUGUCAUGAACCUGCCCGACAGUGCAAUCGAUUUUUUGGGCAGCUUUGUCGGCCUAUACUUCGAGUCACCCAAUGUAAACCGUAAAAUGCCGUGGAUUCAUGUCCAUUGCUUUGAAAAGUACGAGAACGAUGAGGACCCAAGUAUGGAGGAGCUAUACGCAAGAGUACACUCGAGAAUUCUAAAUUCGAUGGGAACUACGCAAGAUGUUUUACCGUUUGAAACCCUGUCAUUUCAGUUGGUACGGAAAGUGUCUCCCACAAAGCCGAUGUUCUGCGUGAGCUUCAAGCUACCAAAAAAGUUAUCAACUUGA